GGUAUAGGAGUGAGCCAUAUUCGUUUUGUGGAUAACUUUUAGCCAUACUCCUGAUCUAAAUCCUGGUUUCGAUUUUGCAACAGCAAGUCGUGGGAAUUGAUUAUCUGUGAAGAAAUCACAAGCAAAUCCGAAAACCAAUCAAAUCAACUUAGUGUGAAUCUACGUUUCUACCAUCGUGUGAUCAAAGACUAGAACUCCUUACCUCAGCAAGUAUCAUCAGCACCUUCGGUCGGCGCGUUCAAGGAGAAACUAGAUCUUCACUGAAAUAACUAUUACAUGGAUUAACACGGACCAACUGACUUACUACCCUUAUUGCUGAAAACUGGAUUGAACUGACCCUUCUCAAUUCUCAUACUGGCUGAGUGAACCACCGCCAAAUCUUCAAACACCUCAGCACGUUUCGUCCACAGACUAGAGAAAAACCUGUUAGCAGCUCAUCGUUACAUUUCUGUGUUUCUGAUAAGGUUCAGGUCGAUCUCAGUGAAAUUGACGUGCACUCAACAGCAGCCAUUGCCUCAAAUGUAACUUGCUAGCAGCUUUACACACCAUACCUGGUCUCAACCUUGCCGGGAUACACACAAUCACCAGAGUAGAGUUUUUUCAUCUGGAGGGAGGGGCACAGUGUAACGCUUUUAAAACCUUACUGAUCUAUGUUCUGUUUUCUAUUUCCUGACUGCCUCUUCUCGUUGUGAUUCAUUACCGUUUGUCGACUUUCUUUUAUUAUUCAGUAUUCUUGUACUAGCUGAGUGGACUUCCACCGCCACUUACGUUCAUUUUGUAUCCCGUGCAACAAUAUACCCACAAGCUGCCAGAAAAUCCACUAACAGCUGAUUGCUACAUGCAAUAUGUCAAAAGACGAUAGGAAAGCAGAGCUUGAGAGGAAAAAGGCGAAGUUAGCCAUAUUGCGAGAGAAUAAGAUGAAAAGAGACAAAGUGAAAAUAAAUGGAGUGAAUGUUGAGACUCAGGGCCUUCGAACAGAAACUGAAGAACUACUGCGGACUCUUGGCAUUCCUGUUUCUGAAACUCUACUUCCUCAAAGUAAAGAUGAUUUAGUUCCCAUAAAACAAGCUGUAGAUGAAGCACAGAUAAAAUCUGACACUUUUAAAAGGCGUAAGAAGUUGGGUUUCUCGCAAAUAAAUGAGAUUGAUCUUUUUCCUAAGGAGUAUAUAACGUACUCUAAAAUGACGCAGACAUUUGAUGCAAAUGUUUUGCCACAAGUUAGUGGUGGUGGUCGAAUUGAUUAUCCACGCGAAGCUAUAACUUCUCCAAAAUUUAUGACUAAUUUGGAAUGGGAUGAUGAGUUUUCCAUGAUGGCACCUUUCGAAGAUGCGUCCAUCGAAUCCUUUGACAUAUCUUCUGUGAUCAAAGAAGUGCAAAGAAUGCCAGUUAUCGAGCCAAAUGCUGUCGCUGCAGAUAUAAAAAAAGAAAGUGAUAACCGACGAGCGGUGCAAGCAACAGAACUCACAGAAGAAGAAAAAAAUGCCAUUAUGCGGUCAGAUAAAUUUAACCGCUUCUUUAAUAAAGCUUCACGACUGAUUGAACGAGCAUUAGAAGAACCAACUGAUAUCUUUGUCGAUUACAGUGGUGACGAUCAUGAUGACGCUGGAAAUACUCAACGGCAUCAGCUCGUGAGAUUCGGCCGUGAUUUUUAUGAUGAGCGUUGGUCAAGGGGACGUUUAGUCACAGCAUUGGAUUGGUCACCUGUUUUUCCUGAAUUACUUCUUGGAGCCUAUCAUUUGAAUGAUGAAACACCUCAUGACCCUGAUGGAGUAUGCUUAAUAUGGAAUCUUAAAUUCCAAAAGAAUACACCAGAGUAUAUUUUUCAUUGCCCAUCGGCUGUCACAUCAGCAACUCUUGCAACUUAUCAUCCAAACUUGGUUAUUGGUGGAACGUAUUCUGGACAGAUUGUAUUGUGGGAUAAUAGGGCAACUAGACGAAUGCCAGUACAACGAAGUCCACUAUCUGCAACUGCACAUACACAUCCAGUCCAUGCGGUUAUGAUUUCAGGAACAAUGAACUCACACAGUUUAUUGAGUAUCAGUUCCGAUGGUAGAUUAUGUACAUGGAGUUUAGAUAUGUUGAGCCAACCUCAGCAAUCUAUGGAAUUAACGCACAGACAAGCGCGUACUGUAGCCGCAACCUGCAUGUCUUUUGUAGACGAAAAUGUUAACAACUUUGUAGUUGGUUCUGAAGAUGGACGAGCGUACAUCGGUUCACGCUGUGGAAAUCAAGCUGGCAUAACUGAAGUUUUCGAAGGUCAUCAGGCUCCUAUCACAUCAAUUUCAUCCCAUCCACUUAGACACUCUGUAACUUCUACGUCGCUGUUUCUUACCACCUCUCUUGAUUGGUCCGUAAAGUUGUGGUCUGUUAAAGAAAACCGUCUUAUAUGUUCAUUUGAAGAAGCCUCCGAUUACGUUUUCGAUGCUCAUUGGUCACCCCUGCAUCCAGCUGUAUUCGCUACUGUAGAUUGCACAGGACGUCUUGACUUAUGGAACUUGAAUCAGAAUAGUGAGGUUCCAUCAUUUCGUACUGUAAUCCCUGGUCAACCGUCACUGAAUAAAUGUCGUUUUCAUUCAUCUGGUUCAUAUAUUGCUGUGGGUGACGAUAAUGGUCGUAUUCACAUGUUUGAUUUGAACGAAGUAAGUAAGAUUCGUUGAACUACUGUGAGUAGAUUUAACCUGUGUUUUUGUAUAUUUUGUUGCACCAUUUCAGUGUUUUAUGAAAUACUAAAUACUGUCAGCAUAAGAUAUCAUAAUCGCUCCAUUCAAACCAAGCGAUCAAUAAUAGUCACAUUUGUACUUAGGAAAUCUUUAAAAAUAGGAGAAUACUUAGUAAAUCAAGGAUUUCGCCAGCGAAUGGUAUUUUAGUUUAAAAAAAGGCAGCUGGUUCUGUUCUUACAGAACGAGAAGUCAACAUCUGUUUACUUUUUCCAAACUCGAAUCCUUUCCAGAGAUUCGCGCAACAUAAUUUAUUCAUUCGGCUCAUUAUUUUGAGGACCAUCAGUUUCCUGCAUCCUGUUCAGUACAUUGUGUAAGUUCGCAGCAAUGUUCACAUGUAGGGACGCCAGCAGAAGUUACUAGAUUCGGAAAUCAGAUUCUGAUAACUGCAUACUACUUGAUGUGUGGAGUCAUUCAUGACUAACAAAGCAUACUGUGAAAUAAACUGAUAGUUUCCUGUCACAAAUAACCUCACAAACGAUUAACGAUUUUAAAUUUUAUCUUUUAGGCUAUGGCAACACCUCAUCCAGAC